GUCCGUGCAAUGAUAGUGAAAUGGAAGAAGACGGGGUGUAUGUUGCAGAUGGACGGCUGGUCGGACCGCCGCAAUAAACCACAUUUGAAUGUCAUGGUGUCCUCGCCCGUCGGUACAGUGUUCUGGAAGUCAGUCUGCAUGAAGGGCAAGGAGAAGGAUUCGACAACUUAUUUUCGGGUGCUGGACGACGUCAUCAAGGAAAUUGGAGCGGAUGCGGUCGUUGGUGUAGUCAUGGACAACGCAAGGGUGUGCGUGAAGGCAGGGAAGAUGGUGGAGUCUGCGUAUCCGACCAUCUUCAGCGUCGGUUGUACGGCGCAUGCGUUGGACCUUGCACUGGAGGACAUGUACAAGGAAAUGCCUUGGAUGGCGCAUGUGGUCGAUGCUGGCAACAAGGUUGGACGUUUCUUCUCCAAUGUGGACAUGGCAAGGGCUUUGUUCGACCAUUACUCCCCGAAGACGAAGCUGAAGCGUCCGGCGGCAACCAGAUUUGCAACGAACUUCGAGAUGCUGCAGUCGCUCAAGGAAUUGCGGAAACCUCUUGACCGUUGUGUGUGCGACAAGGGUUGGGUGGACAAGAUGGUGCGGAAUGACCAGUUGGUGGCAUUCCACGAUGUAACAGCAAUCGUCCUUGACAAGGGCGACUUCUGGAGGAAUUUGCAGAAGGCGCUUGAUGUCAUGCGGCCGGUGGUGGAGCUGCUCCGUUUGGUGGAUGGGCAAGGAGCAACCAUCUCAAAGGUUUACUUCAAGAUGGAUCAGGUUGUGCAGAAUCUGCGUGCCCUGGAAUCCUUAUCGGUGGAGGAGCACGAGGCGGUGGAGCGCAUCCUCAUGAGCCGCUGGGCAUUUCUGACAAGCGAGCUACAUUGUGUUGCAGCCUUCUUGGACCCUGAGCAUCUGAUGCACAACGCACAGCGCGAUCCGGAGGUUUCGUGUCGGGAAGUGAGCUCCCAGGUUGAUCAAUGGGUCAAUGCUUUGGGAGGGUUCUCGACGGAGCAAGCUCGAGAACAAGCCUGCGACCAGCCGCCAGCUUUGUGGUGGGAGGCGUUCGGCUCGAAGCACGACCUCCUCGCACCACAAGCAAUCAGAUUGCUUGGCCAGGCAAGCUCCUCUGCCGCCUGCGAGCGGAAUUGGAGCUUGCAUGAGCUGAUCUAUGGAUGGAGGCGGACGAAGUUGUUGCCAGAGAGGAUGGCGAAACUGGUGUACAUCAGUUGGAAUGUUCGGCUGCUGAGGAGGAAUCAGCGUGGCGAGGGGGAUGAGAUCCACAUCCCAUGGGCGGACGACGUCCCAGUGGACAGGGAGAUGGAGGAGUGGUAUGUGCACUGGUUGGAUCGGGUCCAUGAUGAUGUUCAUCGCGAGGAGGUUGUGGAGGUGGACUGCGAUGAUGAGGGAGACGAGAUCCCAAUGCGGCGGACUUUCAUGCAGAAUGACGAAGUUGACGACAAGCUGGUCGAGGAGGAGGAGACUCUACUUGUCGGUACAAGGCAGCGCGAUUGGCACGAGUGCACGAAGCCUGGGAAGCACCAUGAGCAAGAGUUGCGAAGGAGAUCUGGUUGCCAGCUGCCUGUGCCUGGAGAGUUGUACACAGAGGAGGGUUACGCUCUCGCAAUGGAAGCGCGACAGGCAGGCACUUGGGUGCAGGGGCGGGACGAGGCGAGGACAAAGAGGAGAGGGAAAGAUAAGGGCAAACAAACGGUGGAGCAUGAUGAUGCGCCCGCACAGCCUGGGAAGAGGAAGGCUGUUCAACAAGAACAACCACGACCGAAGAGGGGCCGUCCGACUAACGCAGAACAGGCUGCACGCAAGGCGAAGAAGGCUGAAGAGAAGGCUAUGGCUGCAGCAGCUGAAGCAAAAGCUGCUGCUUACAAAGCCUCAGCGGCCAAAGCCAAAGCGGCAGCGAAAGCUGCCAAAAAGAGCGCACGUGGAGGGAAGGCCAAGAAGUCCGUCAUUGUAAGUGACGACGAUGAUGAGGAUGUCCCCGAAGGAAGUCAAGUUCUUCGUCAGCUUCCUCGUCAUCUCACACCAGUGGGAUGGAAGGCACAAACGGAGAAGAAAGUGAGGGAGGGGAAGAAGAGGGGUGAGAUCAGGUAGAGGCUGAGUAGAGGGAAGCCGCCGUUCGAUCUAUGAUUUCAUCAGUCUAGGUGACCGAUGCUCCAAGUGCAGAGUUCUGACAAUGAUCGCAUUUCUGACAUGAAGAUUUGAACUUCCAAAUUUCAAACUGUUCUUUUGCUUAUUUUUGUUCUUGCAAUGGUGAAUGUACGAUGCUCCGCAAUGGUUUUCUGUUCUGUUCGUCAUAACCGAUGCUCCGCAAUGGUUUUCUGUUAUGUUCGUCAUUCUUUGUUGUGGAUGCUGCACUGUGAAUUCAUUGCUGUUGUGAAUGUGUUCGUUUGAUGCCAUGUUGCCGCGUGGUUGGACGGCUGCCCUGACUGCCAUCGCUGGUACGUGCAUACUCCGACUGCAGGAGUCUGGACUCUGGAGUUUGGACUAAAGUGGGGGAUACUGUAAUGAAAGGGAAAAAAAGCAGGGGGAGGGCAGGGGGGGGGGGGGGGGGGGAGCUGGACUAAAGUGGGGGAUACGGUAAUGAAAGGGUCUGGACUCU